AUGGCCCCAAAGAAGCACCGUAGUUUUAUGCAGAAUAAUUGUUGGAGCUACCGUUACAUUCUAACAGUCAAGUGCUGUUUCUCGAAGUUUUGUUGGCUGUUCCCGUUAAAAACAAAGUCUGCAGAAGAAGUGUAUGCCGUUCUGAAGGCCUUGUUCAUCAAGGAAGGGUCACCUACUGUAAUUCAGUCAGAUAAUGGCGGUGAAUUCAUUGGAGAGGUAGUGCAAAAACUUUGCAAAGAAUUUGCAGUUUGCAUGGUUCAUGGUAGGCCACACCACCCACAGUCUCAAGGCCAGAUAGAAAAUCUCAACAAGCAAGUCAAAAGGUUACUUGCAAGGUUUUUACAACAGUUGCCUAGAGAUCUUCAGGCCAAUGUCUGGCCUUUACUACUCUCUGCUAUUGCAGACCUUUUGAAUUGCAAGUGGCACAGCACAAUUAAUGAUGUGCCUUUUCGAAUAUAUAUGAACCGUGAGCCUUCCUGCUUGGUGGACUACAUCAUCCCAGAUGAUAGUAUGUGGACAGAAAGUAUUGAAGAUGGUUGCCUUGAGGAUUAUGAAUUUUCAUCAGAAGAUUUCAUUGAACUUGAGAGACAUGGGGAAAGCAUUUCCAUGGAUAAAUCUAAAUUGGAAGAGAUAACAGCGGCCAUCCUGCAAAUUUCUUCUGAGACCAUAUUAUUGUUCUCAUUGGGUGUUUCAGCAAAGCAGCUGUCAGCAGCUGUUAAAAAGAUGGUGCAAGGAAAUUCACAUUCUCCACCUUCUCACAGUCCCAGCAAUAUCCCACUUCAAUCAGUGGAUUCAGAGGCAGAAUUCUAG